AACGCCAGGCCAAAGUCAGUGAAGACGCGCUGAUCCAUUGGUCAACACUCACCGACUCAGAAGCCCUGUGAUCUGCCGUUCGUUAGUUGGUGAAUAGUGACAGUGGUGAGGAUUGUGUAGUGGAUUUUCGCAAUAAAUUAUAAGAUCUCGAUCUCAAGGACAACCGCCCGAAAACCGUUGAAACGCAACAUUGAAAACAUAAUGCUCGCAGCAUCGGCCGUUGUUCACCGGCACGUGGCGUCGUCAUCGCUUCGGCGUGUAUUGGUGGCCGUUUCCCCCCAUGCCCCCUCAAAGCAACCCCAAGAUUUCCAACGCCGCCAUCGACACCAUCAUCACGAUGCUGGCAGCAGCUGCAGCACAGUCGCGUUUGGUCCACGGUGGGGACAGGAAGCAAAUCUCGUCGGAGCUGCCGGAUUCUACAGCAGCAGUGUCUUUUUGCAGCGUUCGAGUGCAACGGAACAGCGAAGAACCAUGGCCGCCCUAGUGAAACCUCGUCUGGUCGCCGUUGAAGAGGCCCGCCGCUUCAUGGUGGAAUGCCUGGUCAAGUCGCACACGCCGCUGUCCCAUGCCCAGCAGCAGGCUGACUUGCUGGUGGAGGCAGAUUAUCGGGGACAUUUCAGCCACGGCAUGAACCGGCUCGAGAUGUACAUCAACGAUCUGCACAAGAACGCGUGCAACGGGGCGGCCGUGCCGACGAUUCUCAAUGAGACGCCGGCUACGGCGUGGGUCGACGGCAACAACGGGCUCGGAGCGGUCGUUGGAAAUUUCUGCAUGGAUUUGGCCAUCAAGAAGGCCAAGGAGGUGGGCGUCGGUUGGGUUUGUGCCAAGAGAUCCAAUCACUACGGCAUUGCCGGACACUACACGCUUCACGCAAUGAAGCAAGGUUGCAUCGGAAUGUCUAUGACGAACACUUCGCCCCUGGCAAGUCCCACCCGGAGCAAGGACGCCGCCCUCGGAACGAACCCAAUCUCGGUGGGAGCACCGGCCGAAAAUGGCGACGGGUUUGUGCUGGACAUGGCGACGACCGCCGUUGCCGUGGGAAAGAUCGAAAUUCAACGCCGAAAGGGCGAACCGGUUCCGCACGGUUGGGCCCAAGAUCCGGAGGGACAUCCGACGACGGACGCCAACGUGGCGUUCGACACGGGAUGUCUGAUGCCGCUGGGAGGGACGGAGCUGACUUCGGGGUACAAAGGUUACGGGUUAGCCGCGAUGGUGGAAGUUUUCUGUGGAAUUAUGGCCGGUUCGAACUACUCGACGAAGGUGCGCAAGUGGACGCACGCAGGAGCUGACACGGAAGCCGACCUGGGUCAGUGCUUUGUGGCGAUUAAUCCGGCCUGUUUUGCACCCGGCUUCGAGGGACGUAUGUCCGAUUUGAACAGUAUUCUGCGCAACAUGCCAAGGACGGACGAAUCUAAACCGGUUCUAGUGGCCGGAGAUCCGGAACGCAUCCACAUCAAAAAGGUGGACGAAGAGGGCGGAUUGGGUUACCACGAGAAUCAGAUCAAGACCUGCACCCAGCUGUCGGAGCGGUUGGGCGUUAAACCCAUUGCUUUUGUUUAAAACAAAAUGGUUUUUCUAACAGAAA